AUGCUAAAUAACAUACCAGCAGAUGAAGUGGGUAAGGAGGCGCUUUGGAAGCCACCUGAGAGCUGUCUCCGUCAGGCAGGUGUCGAACUGGAGCGUAUUGCCAGACUGGCGAGUCCGGGCGAUCCGAACUGUUUGCUUACUGGGACAGCUGCAACGAAGUCGGCUUUCAUUAAUCUGGUCGUCAAGUCUACAGUGCUGCAUCUUGGUAAAUUCUACCUUGAUGGCUGUUUUCCGGGUACCCUUUGGGGGCUAAAACUUUGCUUUCGAAAUGGUGUUCUCAUCCAAGCAAGAGUGGACUACAAUUAUUCUCUUAUAAACACUCCAAGUGGGUCUCGAACUCCGAAACUGCAGCGUAUAAUCUCCACACGUCAACCACUACGCCAUGGUACCACAUUUUUUCUUCGAUCGCAGGCUUUCGCGACUACCACCACUUGGACUUGCCCAUUCACUGGUCGCAUUGCAUUCAGUCCGUCCUGCUGGAGGCCAGAUAUUCGAAUUUCGCUGGAUUCAGAUCGGCCUAAUGCACUAGGCUUUCCAGCUGAUGAGGAUGGGACAAUGCAUGUGUCUGGCCAGACUCAGCCUCGAGCAACACCCUCUUCUCCUCCACUCCGGCUAUCGCCACCCCGAAUGCUUUGGAUCCUUGAGCCAGAGGAGUUAGAAAAUCUCGAUUUGACUCGUUUGGAUCUGGUUGUACUCAGCUCUGGCUGGUCCAAUUCUCCGUUCGGUGAAGGUACAGACUCAAGAAUAGUUGGAGAACAAGAGAAUGAUGAAUGGCUAGAACUCAGGCGGCUUUCGCCCUCAUCACAAGUUGAGGCGAAGAUCUGGGCUAGCCAAGAAGAAGAGUUGGAGACUCGAGCUAAAGCGGCUAAUGCACGUAUACGACAAAGAGAAACACCGCUGCGUCUUGUGGAACUGCUUAUUCAAGCUGGUAUGAGAUAUCAUUGCUUAAGAGGCUUUAUUUUGUAUUUAAGUAGUUUGUGA